AUGGCUAUCCCCGGUCUGUGCAUCAAAACAACAAGCCUUUCGUCUCCAGCAUCGAUCAUUACGCUGUGCAAUAUCAAAAGAAAAGAAGGGGGGGUCCGUGCUAUUAGCUCUGCCGUCACCCAGCCGGAGCAGGGGAUGUUGAACAAGACCAUGCGGCUUCCGGCUACAGCCUCCCGGCCUGUACGUUGCCCCAUGCUUCAUAUUCAUCUCCAAGGCCUUUGUUUCUGUCUGCCGCACAUCGCUCUCCAAUUGGAUUCAAGGCUACCAGGGGUCGGAUUAUUACCCGCUGCCACGUCACUAAGAAUACCCCGAGGCCAAGUCCUCAAACCUCAUUCCGGUCCCAGCAUUGCCAGGCGGACAGCAAAUUACCAUCGUCUCGUCAGGGCCGUACCUUUUGAAAACAGGGAAAAACAACACUACAUACCAACCUUUUGA